AUGGCUCAACGUCAGCUCUCGCGAACCCUUCCCAAGAACUUCACGUUCCCGUCUCUGAGUAUCGACGAACCCAAGACUCCCGAGCGCCCAGCCUCCCCCUUCAAGGUUCCUGCGCGACCCCAGAACAUCUCCAACGGACGCCGACGUCUUCGCGGUGAAACAAUCAGUGCUGCCAGCAGGGAUGUCUCCGCGUGUAUCGAUUUAGACUUGUUCCAGUUCCGCGGUUUGCCCGAUGUUCCCUUACCCUCGAUCGAAGUGGGUCAGUCAAGCGCGCCGGUCGAGUCCUCUAUCGGACACCAGCCUAUCAAUGACGAACGCUAUCUCGCUCCCCCGCGCCAACGACUAAUGUUCAAAACUCCCCCGGCUCAGAUUCGCGGCGCUGAAUUUGAAUCCAAUGACGAAACCCAACCGUGGCCCUCGUGGGAUCAAACGCCCUUACCCCAUGAUAUCCCGCGCCCGGGCUCCGCAUGCUCCACCAUGUCCGAUUCGUCAGUUGAAUCGAUUGAGACGUACGCAUCGCGUCCUUCGAUAGGAGGCAGUUGUUCUAGUGUUGAAAGCGAUAUCUUUGAUUCCUUUCCGAUUGAAAUUAACAAGGACGCCGAGCUGUCUUCUCCCACUUUGCCCAAGAAAAUGAAGGUCCAGCGAUCGCAGGUACGAAGUACAUCGUGGACUCGGGAUAUGGACAACCACCUGUGGAACACCUACCAGAUUUAUUUGCAAGAUCCGACCAUGACUCCCUUCAAAAUGACACCUGGCAGUAUCCCACCUUUGGGAGUGACCACUCGUGUGGCACGCCGAGCUAAGAAGACCUGGGAGAAGAAGCACCGACUGAUUAAGUCCCUGCCAACCCAGACUUCUGAUCGCAGCGGCAGCUCGACCCCUACUGCCAUGGAUGGCAUCGUCUCCCGAGUAUCCUGGCCCAAGUCAGAUGCGAAGACCCGCCACCGACUGAAGAUGCUGUGUCGUCGCAAGUUCUCGAUUAUGCCUCAUUAUCACCGUAUGAUGCAGUCUUGCAGCCCAGAGCCGGCUGAAAAUGAAGAUGACAGCCAUCCCGCUUAUGGCACCCGCGACCUCGGCGUAUCUCUUGUUACAUCGUUUGCGUCGAAUCCUCUAUCCCAGUUUGCGGAAGAACCUGCUCCUGAAAUCAAAGUUGAGCCAUUCAACAAUCAUGUGCAAAGCGAUCUCGAUCUCACACUUCCUCCUAUUCCGCCCUUCAAUCAGCACCUAAACGUUGAUCCCAACAGUAUUCCGCGAUUGGGAUCGCCAUUUGUGUACAGUACCUGGGGACCUGGAGGCUCAACCCGACAGGUUGAGAGUAUUUCAGUCUCAGCUCGUCGCGAGACCGUGCAUGUUCCAAACCGUGUACGACGCAAUACUCACUUUGCUGCUAUGACUCCCCGUGAUCCCGAUGAUGUCUUCUCCCCCAAGACUUAUGUCGACAAUGAUCCUUCCGAUGAAGAAGUGCACCGUCGUCUGAACGAGUACAUGCGUGAAAAUAAGGGCCAAAACAUCGUUGAUGGUCGAGCUCGUGUGCCCCGUAGCCGUGGUCUCACAACUGGCGCAGUCAGCCGUUCCCGGGAUGUCAGCCAACUGUUCUCUCCUCCUUCAUCUUUGAACUCAUCCCAGAUUGAGCCUGAGGAAACCACGCCGGUCACCAAGCCUCCUGUCAACCCAUUGUUGAAUCUCGGCGGAGAGCAUAUCAAGCGCCUGGGAUCCCCCUUCAAGGCCGAAGGUGGUUUCAAGCGUCGCACCGCCCCUGGAAGAUUCAUUAGACAUGCCCCCUCUUUGUCCGAUCCGUCCUGCAAUGUAGGGUUCCCUGCCUACCCAGGCUCCAUGGGUCCUUCUCCGAUUCAGGAACAACCCAAGCCUCAAGGACCCCCUCCUUCUCUUCAAAAUCCAUUUGAAGAAGGACUUUCAGAUGCUGAGCGAAUUCGCCGGCAGAUUCUGAACAUGCAUUCAACGCGCAAUUAA